AUGGGGAAGCCCGUCCGGUCCUUGCCGUCCUCUAGACCCCGCCGGAAGAGGACCGUCGCCGCCGUGAUGCCCAAGCGCGCUGCCUCUCGCCGUCGUGGCGGUCCUACUACUCGUGCUCGCGUCGGUAACAAGUCCUCGUCGGCGGCGCCUGGCAGUGGGUACGGAGGAGCAGUGGACGGCGUGUUGCCACCGGAGAUGCUGCACGAGGUCCUGCUUCGCCUCCCCGCCAAGCCCAUCUGCCGCCUCCGCGCCGUCUGCCACUCGUGGCGGUCCUUCACCUCCGACCCGCUCUUCGCCGCCGCGCACGCCGCCCGCCACCCUCACACCGCCCUCCUCCUCGCCGUUGGCGUGGAGACCUCUCCUACCCCACGUAUCAACCUCGUCGACCUUUCCGGCAACGUCGUCAAGCACAUCCCCUGCGGCUGCGAGCACAAGCUACUCCGCAUCGUGGAGUCCAGGGACUACUCCCACGUGUCGGAGAUCAUCACCACCAGCGACACGAAACCUCAGUGGAGGAAGGCGGACAACCCACCGGACUACCUCGAUUGGAGCUUCACCAAUGGAGUCGUGUACAGAGGCGCGGCUUACUUCCUCCUGUCCUACUUCAACCGCGUUGCCGCCUCCUCCCUCAUACGGACAGGCUGCAUGCCUUCCUUCGACCUUGAAACGGAGCAAUGGAGCAUGACUCUCCAAGGGCCAACAAAGACGAUUCUUCAUGAUGCUAAUGGCACAGUAAACUACACUGGCCUCGCCGGCCAUCUCAUGUUAGCUCAACUUAAGGGCACUCUGUCUGCAGCGCAUUGGAAAGAUCACGUUUCUAUCGUGGAUCUGUGGUUUCUGACUGAUUUUGACAAGGGGACGUGGUCGAAAGAAUAUAGGAUUAAUGUUGAUUUUGUUUUCUUUGGAACUGGAGUUUAUGUGAAAGUGCACCCUUUGGUUGUGACGGACGAGGGAGAGGUAGUGUUUUGGUUGCAAGCAGGGACAAAAGCGAUCGUGCAGAUUUAUAACCCGGUAACUAAGAUUUCCUUGGAUAUAACGGAAACAAGCAUCUAUGCUGGAGUAGGUGUGUACACUGGAAGUCCGUUAUGUCUAGAGGGUGUGUGA